AUAUACAGCAGGAGAACAGAAGAAUGGCGCUCACUUUUGCACUCGGACCUUACUCAUCUUCAGUAAUCUGCAGAGCCACCAACAUCAACAAACACUACCACGCGCAAGACUUAUCCUACAUCCGACGCGCCGCUGACAUAUCCGACAAGUCGGCGGGCUUCACCUUCCCGCACCCGAAUUUCGGAUGCGUCAUUGCCACACGCUCAGGUGAGGUGGCCGGGGAAGGGUACCUGUAUGCCCAGGGCACAAAGCCGGCGGAGGUGCUGGCGGUUGAGGCCGCCGGUGAACGGUGCAGAGGCGCCACUGCUUACCUUAACAUGGAGCCAGGAGAUUGCCAUGGGGAUCACACUGCUGUAUCCGCUCUUGUUCAGGCAGGAAUCACAAGAGCUGUUGUUGGAAUCAGGCAUCCUCUGCAGCAUCUGAGAGGCAAUGCCGUACGUGCAUUAAGGAGUCAAGGUUUGCAGGUUGAUGUUCUUGGAGAGGAUAUGCGAAGUAAAAUUGUGGAGGAAGCUCGAAAGGCAUGUCUCCUUGUCAAUUUACCUUUGAUUUAUAGAGCUGCUUCUCGUGUUCCAUUUUCUGUUCUUAAGUAUGCCAUGACCCUUGAUGGAAAAAUAGCUGCGAGCAGCGGUCAUGCAGCAUGGAUAAGCAGUAAGUUGUCUAGGAAUCGAGUGUUUGAAUUGCGGGGUAGAAGUGAUGCCAUUAUAGUUGGAGGAAAUACUAUGCGUAGGGAUGACCCUAGACUGACGGCAAGACAUGGAGGUGGGCAUAUGCCAAUUCGAAUUGUAAUGUCGAAAACGCUUGAUCUUCCCAAGGAAGCAAAUCUUUGGGACCUAUCUGAGGUUUCCACUAUAGUUGUAACACAAAGGGGAGCGAGGAGGAGUUUCCAGAGAUUUCUUGCAUCCAAAGGAGUCGAAGUAGUGGAGUUUGACAUCUUAAACCCUAGGGAUGUAAUGGAAUAUUUUCAUGACCGUGGGUAUCUCUCCAUUUUAUGGGAGUGUGGAGGGACUCUGACUGCAUCUGCUAUUUCGUCUGGUGUAAUACACAAGGUUUUUGCAUUUGUUGCCCCUAAAAUUAUUGGUGGGAAGAACGCGCCUUCUCCUGUGGGUGAACUUGGGAUGGUUGAGAUGUCACAAGCACUGGAUUUGAUUGAUGUUUGCUUUGAGCAGGUUGGAUCUGAUAUGCUUAUCAGUGGAUUUCUUCAGCCUAUACCGGAUUUAACACCCACUGUUCCUUCCGAAGAUGAAACCUUUGCAAUUGACCCAACUGUUAUACCUUUUGAGCCGAGCAUCAUUUUCUUCUAUAAAACAUGGGACCCCUAUGGUGCUUUCUCAAAUUUUUCUCCUCAUCCAAUUCAAAUGCCCGAUGAAGAUGAUAAUUAUGUUACUUGGUCGAGUGUAGAACAUUAUUACCAGGCAAACAAGUUUCUUGGAAUCAGUGAUCCCAUAGCACAGGAUUGCAUUGAAAAAAUAAAAUUGGCAAAAAGUCCAGAGGAAGCAGCACGAAUGGGAAGGUUAACACAGAGGCGGCACCCUAAUCUGGUAAGAUCUGAUUGGGAAAGUGUCAAGAUCGAUGUUAUGUACAGGGCACUGAAAUGCAAGUUCUCAAUAUAUCCUCACUUGAAUUCCAUGCUGCUCUCAACUGCUGGGUCGGUAUUAGUUGAAGCUUCACCACAUGAUCUUUUCUGGGGUGGUGGCCGGGAAGGUGAAGGCCUGAACUAUCUAGGCAGGCUGCUGAUGCAGUUAAGGUCAGAGUUUCUUGGUGAAUCAUCUGCUGCAGGUGAAAGCACAUGCUUAGCUUUAUGAUGUACGGAAAAAGAAGUGAAUAUAAUGCAAGCUAAAGUUAUACCAAUAGACCCUUGUUUGAUUUCUAUGUUGUAACAUUACUGUAGUAUGUAGUAGCAAUAUCCCAUCAUUCUUCACAUUUUAGCCAGCAACCAGAAUAUUAUGCUUUUUUGGAAAA